AUGCUUGAUUCUCAGUUGCUCUCUCACAUCCGAGAAUAUCACAACUACAAUUUCCAAUGUCCUAUUCUAAGUUGUUUGAAAAUGCCACCGAAGGCGAUAGUUCGGGGCCCAUCGUAGGCCAUCUUCCCGAAUGGGUGCAAGGCACUUUGAUCUACAAUGGACCUGUUGGUCAAUGGGAGUUUGAAAAGGAGAACGCUCGCCACUGGUUCGAUGGAAUGGCAAUUCUCCAAUCCUUUCAAAUCGACCAAUCAAAGAAACUUGUGUUCCUGAAGAAGAGAUUUCUCCAAUCAGAUGCCUACCAAAAAGCCAAGGCCAAUGGAAAGCUCAUCAUCACUGAAUAUGGUACCCCCAGUGCCUCGGAUCCGGACAAGAACGUCAUGUCUCGCUUGGUCUCCUCCAUCAUACCGGGUGAGAUGACGGACAACUGUGCUUGUUCCAUCUAUAAAUUGGGCGGGCUAUACGUGGCCGCCACAGAGACAUCUUUGCUUCGAAUUGUCGACCCUGUGAGUUUGGCCACCGGAGAUAAGAUUGACAUGAGCUCCUUGGUGAAUAUUGCCAGUGGCAGACCCAUCACGGAUCAUAAUGGAGACGUCUAUAAUAUCAGUGGGACGUUUCUGACCGGAAUUAAGUAUCAUAUCUUAAAGUUCCCGGCUUCGGACAGUCAAAACCCGAAGGAGAUUCUUUCGUCGGCUCAGACUGUUGCUACCCUGCCUUCUCGAAUGAAAACCUACUUCUCCUAUUACCACUCUUUUGGAAUGUCUGAAAAUUAUUUCGUGUUCAUUGAACAGCCUUGGGUGGCCAAUAGUAUGAAACUGAUUUCGAGCAAGAUCAAGGGAAUUUCUUUCUUCAAUUGCUUGGAAUGGAUGCCGGAAGAAUGCAACCAAUUUCAUGUCAUCGAACGGUCUACCGGAAACAGACUCGAUCUGACCUUCAAGUCUCGCAAGCCAUUCUUCUUCCUCAAUCAUAUCAACACGUUCGAGGAUGACUGCGGUAACCUGGUCGUGGAUUUACUGACCUAUGAUUCACCUGAUAUCCUCCACCAGAUGUCCUUGGAGAAACUGAAGUCUGGUAAGUUUGAAAUCAAAGACGAGAGCCGAAUCCAAAGGUACGUUCUCCCCUUGGCCGGGGGAUCUACUUCCAACUACGGGACAGCCUUGGCCAGUCAGGAGGGGGACAUCACUUGGUUGACACCCCAUGCAGUGGUUCCUGAAACUGGUUGCGAGCAUCCAAGUUUGAACCCACAAGUUCGAGGACGCAAGUAUAAGUUUGCGUACGUUAUUGGUUGGAUUAAUUCCGUGAACCGGGGAUUCUUUGCCAAUGCCAUUACGAAAGUGAACAUGGACACCGGUGAGUCCACUUCCUGGAAGGAGGAAGAGUUCUGUCACCCAGCUGAAGCUAUGUUCCUGCCCAGACCUGUCAGCUCAGAGGAGGGGAGAUCCACCUCAGACGAGGAUGACGGUAUCAUUAUGGCCUCGGUGACAGACGUCCGGGCGGACCACAAAGAUUUUGUCGUCUUCUUGGAUGCCAGAAACAUGAGUGAAGUGGCCAGGUGCAAAUUUGAUGACACCAUUGCCUUCGCCAGCCAUGCCUCGUUCUACAAGAACUGAACGAGGUUGCCCUGACGAUAAUUGGCGAGUUGCGUUAUUUAAGCUUAGAGCUCUUGAUUCGAUUCGACUUGAGUGUUCCCCCAACCUCUCAAUUGGUAAAUUGCACCAUUGAAUCAGAUUAUCAUACUAAGGUAUAAAUGUCAUAAAAAACAGUAAUCAAACAUUCAUCAAUAAAUGCACAUCAAAUAUAUCGGCCAAACAAGUUG